AUGGCCAACAUCACGGAGACGGGGCUUUUCGACCAGGGAGAGAGGAAGCGACGGGACGGCGGCGGAGACGGCACUGCGACUAACCCGUACUGGGGCCACACGAGGGAGGCGGCGGCGCAUCCCUCGAGCAUCGAGGACAAAAGGAGUCCGGAGGCGCGCUGUCGUGAACACCCUCCUGGAAACGCCGGGGUCGGCCUGGUUGUGAUGGCGCAGGUUGGCCGGAAGGAGAUGUGGGGGCCGUCCCGCUGCCUCCCCGCGGCUGUGCCCCGCCUCUCGACGGUCUUGGGUCCCGUGCGGCAGCAGGCGUAUCGCGCGACCCUGCGGCGCGCCCUGGCGUUCCCAAGCGCGCCAGAUGGGCGCCACAGGGCCGCAGCCGCAGAGGCGCCAGGCGCUGGGCUGGCUGCGUCGUCGAGCCUCGGGUGGAGGAGCCGGCAGCCCGCCAGGGAGCCCGACGUUGCACAGCUGGUCGCGGUGCCUGCGGCCGCGGAGGCGUGGCCUGGUGAGCGAGACGCCGGGCAGCCCGCGGUGGCGAGCGGCUCCCCCCGUGCGGGGCGGCGCCCCGCCGCGGCGGCCGUGCCCCCGGCGUCCGUCGUGCGGGAGGCCCUCCUCCGCUCGGCGCUCGCCUGCGCGAGCCCUGGCUGCGGGCUGCUGGUGAACAGCCGGCCCGAGCUCGGCGGCUACUGCUGCGUCUCCUGCUCCCGCGGCGGCGGCGUUCACGAGCCGCGCUGCGAGGGGGCGGCCGCUCCCAAGGGUGCCCCGCGGGCGGGCGCCGACUGGCUGCCGGAGGCCGAGGUGAGGCUGGAGGAGAUCGAGCUCGAGCGAGCGCUGGCCGCCUCCAGGGCCGCCGCGGCCGCGCCAGCCGCCGCGCCGGGCCCUCGGGGCUGGCCGCGGGCGGCGGCCCGGUCGACGGCCUCGGAGGACCGCCCCGGCCGCCGCGGAGGAAUCCCAGACCCAGCCCUUCGCGAGGUGGCCGUGGUCGGUAAGGGCCGCGAUCGUGAAUAA